CGAGUCAUGCGUCCAGCUCCCUAAGUUGUGCAUGAAGUUGGACAAGGAAAGGAGCUGUAUUUCAUUCCGAGAUCGAAAGGAAGAGUGAGUCGCAUUUAAAGAGUUAUACCUACUUAUAAGAACCAACGAGAGAGGGGUAUUCAAGUAUCUUUUAGCAUUGGGUAACGACAAGGUUAUUAGCAGGCUCCACGUUAUUGAUGCAUGCAACUAGCAGCAUGUGAGAGGUUUUUAGUCAGUUGCUUGAGGAAAUACGUAUUUAUACAGUGUGUAUGUAGUAUGUAAAUGAGGAUACAUCUGCUGUAUAGCUGAAGUAAAGUGUAGUAUUAGAUUAUCUCGAUUAAGUACCAGCCCAUAGGCCAACAUGGGCCCCGCCUUGAUAUUAAAAGUCAGAAUGUGCCUGAAACCCUUCAGGCCGUUCUUCUAUCAGGGAAGCUCGGCUUUCUACACACUAAAUACUUUUCUGUGCAAGUCACCACAGCUGCCCCUCUCGGCCCGCCUUCUGUGCACCAGACACAAGAACCCAACCCCAGGGGCCAGGCAGGCAGACAGGGGGAACGGUGGGCAGGCUGAUGGACAGGGGGGAGUCAGAAAUAGCGGCAACAGACGCAGGGAAGAGGAAUUGUGGGAUGGUGCUGAGAAGGGAAAGGGUCAGAGCUCCUCUAUUUGGCAGAGGACGUCUCCCCUCAAAUCUGUGUUUGCUGCCGGGACGGCAAAAAGGACAAUGGAGAUGCUGAAGAGGAAAGCACCUCCGGAUGUGGAGGAGCAUGCGGAGGACCCUGAAAUGAGGACGAGGAGAGGACCAGAGAAGGUGCAGCCUCCCGACCGGCCGCUCUCGGCCGCUGACUGGAGGACGCUGAAGGAGUCUCUGGGAAAUAAUCAUCGCUUUGACAUCCAGAUGAUGGGUGCGCUGUUCACCUCCAGGGCAGAGCUGGAUAUCGCCAAGUCCCUACUGUCGUUUGUAGCCAUGGAAACGGGGAUUCUGACUUACGAGCUGCUGCUGCGGUACCUGACUUUGUGUGUGACCGGCGGCCACGACGACGAGGUGUUUGAUGUCUAUGACAUCAUGCGGGGAAGUUUCCCCUGUCUGGAAACGGGGGCCUCCAGCCUCUUCAUCAAGUCCUUCAGCCGGACGGAGAGGUGGAGGGAGGCGGUCGGCAUCCUGCGCGAGGUGAAGAAGGUCUUUAUCCCAUCGCCGCGCAACUACGGCGACAUCAUCGCGGCUGCGAUGUUAAAUGGCGACACGGCCACGGCCUGGGCUUUCUAUGACGAGUUGAUUGAAAAUGGCCUGAUCCCGCACCAGGAAACCUGGGAGGCUCUGUACAAGGGAGCGAGGGAGCCUGAGGAGAAGGGGAAGGAGGCUGGAGCUGUGUCUCAGUCGGAGCACCGGGAGAGGCUGCUGGGCAUUCUGCUCCACAUGAGGAACAACCAGAUCUACCCCCAACGCGGCCUCACCAGCAGCAUCAAGACCUGGUUUGAGAGUCUCACGGGCCAGAGAUGGACAGGAAGUUGGACCAGCGCCAACCCAAAGGGUGUGUGUAAGUGGUGUGGGUCGGCGUUAGAGUCCAUCCAGCUGACUGUUGAAGAGUACCAACAGCUGAAAGACAGAGUGAUGGCUGACAUCAUUCAGGGACGAGAUGUUUUUAACAAAACUACACCACAGGAGUUGGAGAGGUUCAAGGUGUUCAUGGAGAGGAAGCCAGCGUUCGACGUGGUCGUCGAUGGGCUGAAUGUGGCGAACAUCAGCAGGGACAAAAGCAGGCAUUCAGAGACGUUGUUGGCGGUGGUGUCGGAGCUGCAGGCUCAGGGCCUGAAUGUCCUGGUGUUGGGCAGGAGACACAUGCUGCGGCCCUCCAGGACCUGGGACAAACACAACAUGAAUCUCAUCCAGCAGAAGGCUCACUGCUUCUUCACUGAAAACAUCUCGGAGGAUGAUCCCUUCUUGCUGUACGCCACGUUGAAUUCCGGCAACCACUGUCGGUUUGUGAGCCGGGACCUGAUGAGGGACCACAAGGCCUGCCUGCCGGACGGAGCCACCCGGCGACUUUUCUUCAAAUGGCAGAGAGGCCACCAGCUGGUGCUGGCCGGAUACGUCGCAGCAGGCAGGAGGGUCCGAUUUCAGAGUAUUCCCAGCUACGACACCAUUAUCCAGACGUCAGCGGACUCGUGGCACGUUCCCUACGACGACACAGAGGACAGGUGCACCUAUGAAGUACCUCAACGCUGGCUCUGCCUCACAAAGCACUGAAAACGCAUCUCGUAUGUUUUGAUUAUAACUGUGUUCUUGUAAAUAAAUAAAAUAUUUGUACAACAAAGAA